UCAGACUCCUCUCUCUCUCUCUCUCUCUCUCUCUCUCUCUCUCUUCUGGGGCACUUAUUCGCUAAGACUUGAAUUCCGUAAAUCAGGUUUUGAUCUGACAAGUUACCACUGCAUUUAGGUUCUGGUGAUAUUUCUCUUGUGCGUCUUCACGUGUUUGAAGUGAUAAUUCAGAGAUGAGUCACAGAGGAUUGAUAUAUAGCUUUGUUGCAAAAGGAGGUGUUGUUUUAGCUGAACACACGUCGUUCUCCGGAAACUUCAGUACCAUUGCUGUUCAAUGCUUACAGAAGUUACCUUCUAGUAGCAGCAAGUACACAUAUGCUUGUGAUAGCCACACCUUUAACUUCCUACUUGACAAUGGAUUUGUGUUUCUUGUUGUUGCGGAUGAAUCAGUUGGGAGGAGUAUGCCUUUUGUGUUCCUUGAACGGGUGAAAGAAGAUUUCAAGCAGCGUUAUGGUUCAAAUAAUAAGAUUGAAGGCCCACAUCCCCUUGCUGAUGAUAAUGAAGACGAUGACUUAUUUGAAGAUCGAUUUAGCAUUGCAUACAAUCUUGACAGAGAAUUUGGGCCAAGGCUUAAGGAGCACAUGCAAUAUUGCAUGGAGCAUCCAGAAGAAAUAAGUAAGCUUUCCAAAUUGAAGGCCCAAAUCACGGAGGUCAAAGGUGUGAUGAUGGACAAUAUUGAGAAGGUUUUGGAUCGUGGGGAGAAAAUUGAACUUCUGGUGGACAAAACAGAAAACCUGCAGUUCCAGGCUGACAGCUUCCAGAGGCAAGGAAGGCAACUGCGACGUAAGAUGUGGCUGCAAAGUCUCCAAAUGAAACUAAUGAUUGGAGGAGGAAUCCUUAUCCUGAUCAUCAUACUAUGGCUAAUUGCCUGCGGAGGUUUCAAAUGUUAAGGUGCUACGCAACACAAAAUCUUCAAGUAGUGGCCGUUCUCCGUUUGGUGUACAAAAUGUUAUUGUUCUUGUAUAUGUAAACUUCUGCAUUACUCAAGAACCUCUUCCACCGUGUAAUUAACCUCUGCUACCUGCUCGUUCCGUUACUCAGUUGUUAAUUCUACGGAUAUUGUUGUUUACUUGACACAUAUUUUGUCUCCCUGAAGUAGAGUCUAAUUUAUUCAGUACUUAUGAGCAA